UAAUGGCUACAAGUGACUUUGAUGUGGAGCUCUUUGAGCGAAGACUUCACACGCUGAAGGAUUCACAGGAGUCGAUACAAGGUCUUUCGGCUUGGUGUCUGGAAAGGCGGCAACAUCAUAAAAAGAUUGUCGCUACUUGGCUACAAGUGCUGAAAAAGGUAAAAGUUGAGCAUCGUCUCACACUUUUUUACCUGGCAAACGAUGUUAUCCAAUACUCGAAAAGAAAAAACUUUGAGUUUGUGGAGUCAUGGGGCACCACUCUACAACGUGCAACGACUAUGGUCAGAGACGAAAAAGUGAAACAUCGUAUACUGAGGAUUUUCAAAAUAUGGGAUCAGAGACAAGUAUACGACGAGGAGUUCCUUGCGGAUUUGUCUGGGUUAAUCUCGGCAGCUCCGAAAAAGAAACUAGAUCCUCAACCGAUGGCACCUCCAGAGGAAUUUCAAGCCGCCCUGCUUAUCUCUACGAUGAGAUCUUGUGCGACGUUGGAACAAGCAACGGACGCACGACUGCGAGAUCUGCGGGAAAGCAAUAUCGACGUGGAAAAUGCGGAAGAAUUGUGUGCUUCUUUGAAAGAUCGCAGGAGAGUGGAAGAUGCAGAGAAAGAAGUUGACUCUGCAGUGAGAAACGUUGAAAAUUAUGUUCGCGCAUUAGAAGCGGAAAUCAGAGAAAGGACACAAGUUCUUGAACUGUUAGAACAGGCUGAUCAGUUUUAUGAAACCCAGAGAGGAGAAGUGAAAAUAGUUACUAACGCGUACAGGAAUUUCGGGAGUCGAGUAAAAAACUUAAAAAAGAAAUUGGACGAACUUCUACCUACGUUGAUUUCUCCAAUUCCGUCGCCGGAUAUAAACGCUCCAUCUCCGAGUCCUGAUAGCGACAUAGAACUUCCAGGAGAUGAGGAUCAGCCUCAAAGUCAGUUAGGAAUCAUAGAUGUAGCACCACCAUCGAUGUAUGGAUCAUAUUCGCACGAGUAUGAUCCUGUACCAGUACCAGCACCAGAAUUGGGUCAAGGCAAUGAUUCUGGUGAUUUUACUAAUAAUUUUUCGUCCUUUAUAGGAGGAAAUAUGGAUUUUGGUAGUAUGAGAAAUUUAUUUAACGAAAGAUCAUCGACGCCUACUGGAAUGUCGCAACAAUAUAACGAUUCUUUAGAGGCUAAACCAAUAGAAGUAAUCAACUUGAGGCCCUCCAAGAACGAAAGUAGUAAUGCAGAUUUUAAUAUCUCUAGCUUUUUAAAGACUGUUCUUCCUUCUUCUGACGGAUCCCAAGACCCCGGUGGAAUACCGGGUCUUGGACUAGAUAUCUCCGACGCGCAAGUGGAAUCACCACAGCGUUCGAGUUAUAGACAUUCGCCUAUAUUAGGACAGCAUCCGGUAACCCCUGUGAUCUCAAGAAUGAUGAGUAAUCAGAGUACGACAUUGGGUGUAAAUAAUUGCCAGUUAAGUCACAGUACUCCACUACCUGUAAGGAACUUGUCCGGCGAGUCACAUACCCCUUCCCCCUACUCCAGUCAAAACAGUCAGAGUAAUAUUACCGGCCCUUUCGACGGCCCUACCACUAACAAUACCGUUAAUCCCUUACCACCUCCCCCGUUACCUCCGCCUAUAUUUCUUGACGAUGAAAAUUGUUAUAACAAGUUGCCACCUAAAUUCCCCACGUGGACUCCUCCGAGCGAAAGUAUCAAGGAACCGGCCAAGUGGGAAGAAAAGGCGGGUUUCGCUAUAUCUUCAGGCAAAAAUAGUAUGAACCCAACCUGGCCUGGUGAGUGUGAUGAUAAGACGAAGACGUGGAUGGACGGGGAUUCGGAUAGGUGGGACCCCAGUAACGAGACCACGUGGGUAAACACUGGUAGAGGAAAAAAUGAAAUUUUAUCUGAAACGCCAGAAUCGCCCCCUAUGUACGAAAAAGCUGGAUUUACAGAUCCGGUAGAGUACGACGAUCCUCAACCGCAAGAAUCUCUCCUAAGUACUACUGGCGACGUGGAUCAUAGAGUAAUACCAAUCCCGAUGAACGUGGAAAAUCAAUUGCCGUACCGGCUGAUAAAAGCAGCGGACGUCGAUCAUCGUAAUCUGAUCAGCUUGACAGGAAGUCCGGCGAAUCACAACGUCAGCGAGAGCUCUAUGAACACGAUACCCAAUAGUAGUAGUCUGUGGUCGACGGGCGAUCAGGAUUACCGGCAACACAUGCAGCCUGGCGACAUCGUGGAAAGCGUCGAUAUGGAGAUGUCGGACGACGAGACCGACAGUAAACCAAAGGGAAGGGUAUUGGUCGACGUGAGGUCCCAGGACAGGGACAUGAGAGUCGGUAAUCCGUCAGCGUCGUCACAGCACAUGGACAUGGACAUGCGUAUGAUCCCUCUCCCCUCCGGGCAAAUGCCCGGCUCUCACGGUCAAAUGAUGCAAGACGUGCGAAUGAUGCAUUCGGGGCCCCCGCCACCUCCGCCCCCGCCUCCACAGUUUCAUCCGGGUCAACCGUCGUUUCAUCAGGACCAAGCGGACUUUCGUCACAACCCGUCCGGGGAUUUUCAUCCGUCCCAGUCGAAUUUCCACCAGAACAGGCCGCCGCCCAGCUUCCUGCAGAAUCAGGACUUCGGUCAGCAGGAGUUCCACCCAAUGCACCAGAACCAGCCGGACUUUCCGCAACAGGACUUCGAGUACCGCGACAAUCAUAAUCUAAGAUCGAGUCAGGAAUUCCUCGGCGAGCCGCAGAUGCGUGGCAGGUACUCGCAGCCCUCGGAGCAUCAGCAUCGAGACAUGGCCUUCCAUCGGAACGAGAGAGGUGGCCGCGGUGGCCGGGGUUUCCCAAGGAAUCGACGGGACCGGUAUUCCGACGAGCACAACAAACAGAGGAGCUUGCAGAACAGUCGGAAACAACGGUCGCAGGAUCAUCACAGGUCCUCGCCCGAGAUCUUGCCCAACAGUCGACCGCUGUUGUUACAGCCGCCGGACACGGUGGUCAUUCUCGACGAGGAGGGUAUGCCGAUAGGACUCCCGGACGACAAGGACAGUCCAGCGAACGUGGAGCUUGUGCCGGAAGCGGAUCAGGAAGAAAUCGUGCAAACCCUAUCGUCUCUGGAUCGUAGAUCGUCCCACGGUACGCCUAACUCCCGCGACCUGGACCAGCCCGUCUACCCAGGCGGGUCGAAUCUCAUUCACGAACACGAACUGCCCUCCGUGGAGCCCGACGACCUGCCGCCGAGUCAGACGGUGACGAUCGUGCCCGUGAUAACGGAUCCCAAGGACCCCCAGCACGCUCAGUACGUACCGAUAUCGGAAUACGAGGAGCACGUGCAGUCGGAACCGCUGGCGUCGGAGAAGACCUGCGACAUCGGCGAGUCGCUCGAGACCCUCGGCCAGGAAGCGAGUUUCGUCGAGCAGCUACCCACGGAGCAAAUGGACGAUCCGUCGAGCAACGAUCUCAAGAGACCGUCGACGAACGGCAGCUUCGACGAGCAGAACGACGUCGCGAACUGCAAGAAGCGAAUGCUGGCGAACGGACCCCAGACGCCGACCAGCAUCGACGCGGGCGUCAACGGGCCGAUUCCUCAAGUGUCCGCGGACGCUCACUCGGGGAUUUACGAUUUCGAGGGGCCCGUGGGGCCCAAUUUCCGACCACGCAUCGGCGGUCCCGUUCCGUUUCCCCCGUGGAGAGGCGGCCCGCCGCGCGGCAGGGGCUUCAGGGGCGGACCCAGAGCGCCCUGGAUGGACAGAGGGCCUCGUGGCCCAGCGAUCGGCAGUUUCAUGCCCAGGGGCCUGAAACGUGGCGGACAGUUCAGGGGCAACGGUUUCAGGGGCCGGGGACGCGGUAACAAUUGGUAAAGAGAGGACGCCAAACCGCGACAAAACGUGCGCCCUCGUUGCAAUUCGUACGAAGAGAAGUGACCCGCGCCGCUUUCGACGACCGUUUUCUACGUUGUAUCAUCGGGAAGCGACACGGUUGGUCGUGACGUAACCGGCCGCGCGAGCGCCGCCAUUGGAAAAAAUGAAUCCUCGUGUGUGCGCGAGGCAGACGAGCACGAGACUGUUUGUGCGUUAUUUUCGAGUGACAAGAGCCAAUGCAAGACUUUAUUUUAUACGCUGUGUUUGUCGUUUUCGAACCCACUGGUCGUAUUAGGGUAAUCAAUUAGUCAUAUAAAUAUAGGAUUCUCAUAUUUUGAUAAGAGGUAAACGCGACGACAAGUGUAAGAUCAAAGUAUCCAUAUCGUUUCAUUUUACGAAUCGUGCGUAUUGGUCACCGAUCAACCAUUUCGCGAUGCUUGGUCUUCCGCGCAUCUACCUUGCGCAUGCACGUCGUUCGAACGAAAGAUCACCUUUUUUUUUACUGGCGGCGCUCGUGCGCCCUAACGUUACGAGGAACUUUUUUUUAUCACCCGGUGUACAUACGACAGCUCGUAUCGUCGAGCUUGGGACAUUAUGCGUGUUAUCUCUUCGCCUGGAGGAAAGGGGGAAGUGAUCCCAGAUUGCGAGAUCUCCUCGCGCGGAGGAUUUACGUUUCUGUGCGAUCGUUUCGCCUAUAUACAUAUAUAAAUAAACUAUAUAAAUAUAUAGAUAUAAAAAGGUAUCACACGUACACACUCACGGAGAGCUCGAACUCACACAUACUGCACGGAUCUUCGAAGAUUGCCCCCGAACGAUUUUCGUCCAUUGAAAAAAAUUAUGUUUUCUUACGACGGUGCCGGUAAUUCCUUGUUCAAAGUGAGAAUUUAAGCAGGAGAUUAUUCAAAGGCUUUUAUAUUUCUCAUUGUAUCGCCGUGAGAGUAUUAUCAAUGAAUAGAUGAGUAACAAUAGUUUCGAAAUAGCGCUAAUGAUAUCGUGUUUGGUCUAAUUUUCACGGGGAAAAUCUCAUCGAUCUAUCGAUAAUACUUUCGUAAAGAUAUACUGAAAAAUAUAAAAGUUAUAAAAGCUGAGCAAGGAAGAGCUGCAACGCUUUUAAUCUUUUGGCCGCGCGAUACGAAAUAAUAAUUUCGAAUGAUACUGUUCGUCGAGUUUGAAUCUUCGUUCAGGGACAAUCGCUGCAGCUCCCGGUAUACAUGUAUGUACAACGUUUGUUAAGAUCUGGAUCGCAUUAUCGAAGCGACGCGCGUCGGUUCGGUGAUCGAGAAUUUACCUUCUAGGAUUGUACGUAAGGCAACGAAACGUCUGUUUCCGCGCGUACGCGCGAACGAACGCAAGCAGAUUGUAUUUAUGAACAGAUUCUCUCCGUCGAUUCUCAUUUCGUCUUCGCUUGCCUCUACGCGAGGGGUUCGGUCCACGAAACAGGCGUAUCAAUGAACCUUCAAAGCUGUAUUAAUAAAAAUGCAAUGUUUAUGUUCUGGUCCACUUCGUACAUUUCCCUUGAAUUAUUUUUCUUUUUCUCGAGGCCGCAACGUGGAAAUUCUUGUCAAUCGGUCGCGCGAGAUCGAGGAAAAUCACGAGAACGGGCGACGAGGACUGGGACCGCGACGCGCGACGUGCUCGUAUCUCGUUCGCGUUUUCGUUUCGUUUACGUCAUUUUAUACACAACGAUUUUCCGUACGAUCUCGCUCGCGUCGAGAAACCACGAAACCGAAACCUAUGUAUACGUUCGCGUAUGUGUAACACGACAAUCUCCGGACGGAAAUACUUUAUCCUUUUAUCGCUUAAGACGAUCCUGUACCUUUGUUGGCGAUUAAUCGUUAGACGGUAGAAUUGUAAGUUCGGCAAGCAAACGAAUCGUUGUCGGAACGUCUCGCGUGGACAACGCUGGCAAAGCGCACAGGAAACAAUGUGUAGCAAGACGGAAAAUCCUUGGAAAAAAAAACAAUCGUUUAAUAAAACAUUGCAAAUUUACCGAGGAUCCUUGCCGGCACUCGUUCGACGAAACCGUGAUCCCCGCAUUACGUACACUGUAUUUCUUUCGAACCCCCCUUGUUCGUUUCACCCCCCUUUAAAGCAUUCCGAGCCGAGCACGUUUCAUUUCGUCCGCCGUGUUUUGCGACGCGGAGGAACCGAAGCGUCUCGGUGAUUCAGUUUCGUUCGCAGAUCCGUGGCCGUGGUCGUGAAUAUCGUGUUUCCAUAGAUCCAUAGCCUCUUUCGUUUCUUGCAUCGUCCGGUUAGUUCGCGCGUUUCGC